AUGGCGUCCACCGAGGCCGUGCAGGCUGGUGAGGUUGAUGCAUCGGAGCGGAUGAUUGGGGAUAUCAACUUCUUCAUUUAUCCCUACGACAACGACGAUGACAAUGAAGAUGAAGAAGGCCAGGCUGCUGCUGCUGCGGCAAACGAAGGCUUGUACGUCGGCGAGGUGGACGUCAUGGUGGCGUCCAAGGAGCACCGCGGCAAAGGCAUCGGCCACGCCGCCGUGACGACGCUGUUGACGUACGUUCAUCGAAACAAGGCGCGGAUCCUCGAUGAGUAUGUCCAGAGAGAGGAGGAGGGCAAGGAGAUGACGACCAAGAAGGCGGCGGCGGCGGCGGCGGCGGCGCAGCUAAAGGGUUUGAUGGUGAAGAUCAAGGAGGGCAAUACCGCGAGCAUUGCGCUGUUUCGGCGGUUGGGGUUCGUGCAGAAGGGGGAGGUGAACUAUUUUGGCGAGAUUCAGAUGGUUCUUGGGGACUUGGACGAGUUUGUGGCGUCUUCUGCUGGUGGGAAGGCUGCGGAUGAGUAUCAUGAGGUCUCGUAUUCUAGAUAG